AUGGCUGCCCACGAGCCGGUUGCCGGAGCGGCUUCGCGGGCGCAGGUCUCGCUCAUCAGCACGUCGUUCGUGCUCAAGGGAGACGCGACGCACAACCAGGCGAUGGUGCACUGGACAGGCGAGAACAGCAGCGUGAUCCUAAUCCUGACGAAGUAUUACCAUGCAGACAUGGGGAAGGUUCUGGAAAGUUCUCUGUGGCGGUCCUCGGACUUCGGGACGUCCUACACCAAGCUCACCCUCCAGCCCGGGGUCACCACGGUCAUUGACAACUUCUACAUUUGCCCGACGAACAAGAGAAAGAUCGUCCUGGUGAGCUCCUCGCUCAGUGACCGGGACCAGAGUCUGUUCCUCAGCACGGACGAGGGGGCCACUUUCCAGAAGCAGCUCAUCCCCUUCUCGGUGGAAACGCUGAUUUUCCACCCCAAGGAGGAGGACAAGGUCCUGGCCUACACCAAGGAGAGCAAGCUCUAUGUGUCAUCGGACCUGGGGAAGAAGUGGACGCUUCUGCGGGAGCGAGUGACCAAAGACCACAUGUUCUGGGCUGUGUCUGGGGUGGAUGCCGACCCUGACUUGGUCCACAUGGAAGCCCAGGACCUCGGAGGAGGGUUUCGGUAUGUCACCUGCCAGAUCCACAACUGCUCGGAGAAGACGCCGACGGCUCCGUUCCCGGGCCCCAUUGACCACAGUUCUCUGACCGUGCAGGACGAUUACAUCUUCUUUAGGGCAACCUCAGCAAACCGGACCAAAUACUACAUCUCUUAUCGUCGCAGUGAGUUCGUCCUGAUGAAGUUGCCAAAGUACGCACUGCCAAAGGACCUGCAGGUCAUCAGCACGGACGAGAGCCAAGUGUUCGUGGCGGUGCAGGAGUGGUACCAGACCGACACCUACAACCUGUACCAGUCGGACUCGCGCGGCGUGCACUACGCGCUGGUGCUGGAGGACGUGCGCAGCUCCCGGCAGGCGGAGGAGAGCGUGCUCAUUGACAUCCUCGAGGUCCGAGGGGUGAAAGGAGUCUUCCUGGCAAACCAGAAAACCAACGGGAAGGUGGUGACACUUAUAACCUACAACAAGGGCCGCGACUGGGGUCACCUGAGGCCACCGAGCACGGACAUGAACGGAAAACCCACCAACUGUGAGCCGCCGGACUGCCACCUGCAUCUGCACCUGCGAUGGGCAGACAACCCCUACGUGUCGGGCACUGUGCACACCAAAGACACUGCCCCGGGCCUCAUCAUGGGCGCAGGUAACCUGGGCUCACAGCUGGUGGAGUAUAAAGAAGAAAUGUACAUCACAUCAGACUGUGGCCAUACCUGGCGGCAGGUGUUCGAGGAGGAGCACCACAUCCUCUACCUGGACCACGGCGGCGUGAUCGCAGCUAUCAAGGACACCUCCAUCCCCUUGAAGAUCCUCAAGUUCAGCGUGGACGAGGGCGUCACCUGGAGCACGCACAACUUCACCAGCACGUCCGUGUUUGUGGACGGGCUGCUGAGUGAGCCGGGGGACGAGACGCUGGUCAUGACCGUCUUCGGCCACAUCAGCUUCCGCUCCGACUGGGAGCUGGUCAAGGUGGACUUCCGGCCCUCGUUCUCCAGGCAGUGCAGCGAGGAGGACUACGGCUCCUGGGACCUCACCGACCUGAAGGGCGACCGCUGCAUCAUGGGCCAACAGAGAAGUUUCCGGAAGAGAAAGUCCACGUCCUGGUGCAUCAAGGGGCGGAGCUUCACGUCGGCGCUCGAGUCCCGCGUGUGCAGGUGCCGCGAGUCGGACUUCCUCUGCGACUACGGAUUUGAGCGCUCUCCCUCCUCAGAGUCUGAUGCCAACAAGUGCUUUGCGAACUUCUGGUUUAACCCCCUCUCCCCGCCCGACGACUGUGUUCUGGGCCAGACCUACACCAGCAGCCUCGGGUACCGGAAGGUGGUGUCCAACGUGUGCGAGGGCGGCGUGGACCCGCGGCAGAGCCCCACGCAGCUGCAGUGCCCGCUCACGCCGCCCCGGGGCCUGCAGGUCAGCGUCCGUGGCGAGGCGGUGGCCGUGCGGCCCGGAGAGGACGUCCUGUUCGUGGUGCGGCAGGAGCAGGGUGAUGUCCUGACCACCAAGUACCAGGUGGACCUGGGGGACGGCUUCAAGGCCGUGUACGUGUACCUCACGCUGACGGAGGAGCCCAUCCGGCACCGCUACGAGAGCCCCGGCGUCUACCGCGUGUCCGUCAGGGCGGAGAACGUGGCCGGGCACGACGAGGCGGUGCUCUUUGUCCAGGUCAACUCCCCCCUGCAGGCCCUUCACCUUGAAGUGGUUCCCGUGGUCGGCGUCAACCAGGAGGUGAACCUCACGGCCGUGCUGCUGCCCCUGAACCCCAACCUCACCGUCUUCUACUGGUGGAUCGGCCAUAGCCUGCAGCCCUUGCUCUCCUUGGAGAACUCCGUAACCACGCGGUUUGCAGACACAGGGGACGUGCGUGUGACGGUGCAGGCGGCCUGUGGAAACUCGGUGCUGCAGGACUCCAAGGUGGUCCGCGUGCUGGACCAAUUCCAGGUGGUGCCUCUGCGGUUUUCCAGGGACCUGGACGCGCACAACCCCAACACCCCCGAGUGGAGAGAGGACAUCGGCCUGGUGGUGACCCGGCUGCUCUCCAAGGAGACCGGCGUCCCCGAGGAGCUGCUGGUGACCGUUGUAAAGCCGGGACUGCCCACCGUGGCUGACCUGCACGUGCUCGUGCCCCCUCCCAGGCCCACAAGGAAGAGGAGCCUGUCCAGUGACAAGAUGCUGGAUGACGGGGGACUAAAAGACAGUAAAACACCCCCUCCCUGCAAUAUGACCUCAGUCCAGUCCCUGGAGGAGCCAGACAACGCGCACCCGUGCACCAGGGCCGAGGGAAACCCAGGGCUGCGGGAGCUCACAGGAGGGAGGGCUUCGUGGAGGAGGAAACGCCCCGGGAGGACCGUGUACGCCCAGAUGCACAAUGAGAAGGAGCAGGAAAUGACANCCAGCACACUGCUCUCCCACAGAUGCUGGAUGACGGGGGACUAA